AUUUUAGUUACAUCAUGACAAUACAUUAUCUGGUAAUUAAUUACCAUUUUUUUAUUUAUAAUAAUAGUAAACGCAAACUCGCGACUAUAAUAGUAAACGCGAAUUCCGAAUUCAUUACCCAUUUUCUUCCGUGAUAGCGAUAUUUUAUCUGAACUCUUUAAAUUCAUUUCUCGAUAGACCAACUAACACUCACGCGCAAUCGUUUAUCACAAGGCAUCUGCUCUUGCGAUUAUUAUUUAUAAAAGUUAGUAUAACGGAUAGAGUAAUAAUUCAGUAGAUUUAAUUUAUCGAGUUUAUAUUUAAAAUAAAAAAAUACAGUGAAAAAUUCGAAGAAGUGCAGUUAGGGCGCGAAUACUCUCAAAAAAAUAACAAAAAUUACAUCGUUGGAACCACACUAAAGCAUUGUGUGUACUAUUGUAUUGUAAGAAUACUUACCGGUCACAUGUGACUGAUCACACGUUACUUUCCUUAAGAAAGGUGAUUCAAUAAUGGCACACGAUGAUAACGUAAACGUGCACACUCACUUGUACCUAUGUAUAUAUUUUUCGGUUGUUCGCACAAAGUCAAUUAGAGUCAGGUUGUAUCACGGCCGAGGUAGUAAACCCUCGCGUAAAUCAACGAGAAUCAAAAGAUUUGUCGAUCCGUUUUUUUCGUGCAAUAACAAAACCACAUGUCGACAACAACGCGUCCGUAUUGCCAUCAACUUCUUGAUUCUGGCAAUCAUACAGCCGUACUUACGGAUGUCACAGACGCUGAACUUUCCCGUCAACCUACCUCGAACAAUCAUGAUGAAAGAUCGGAACCUGGUGGUUGGACUAUUAUACUCGUUCUCGCAGGUGUUACUAGUUGCCUUGGAUCAGCAGUUCCAGCAGGAUUUAACAUAGGAGUAGUAAAUAAUGCAGUUCAUUUGAUAACAAGGUUUUGCAAUGAAAGUAUUAGAGAAAGAUACGAUGUCGAUAUUUCCGAUAAUGGUCUAAGAGUAAUAUGGUCUGUCGUUGUUUCAAUUUUUCUUAUUGGUGGUGUAACUGGCUCGUUUCUUGCCAGCUGGUUAGCAGAUAGAUAUGGUAGAAAAAAGACACUUUACAUUGGAAACAUAUUUGGCAUUAUAGGAGCUGUAAUGUUUUUCUUAGUGCGUUUGUUAAAUUCAAUUGAACUACUUUUAGUAGGUCGAUUAAUUGUGGGCCUCUCUGGAGGUGUCGCUACAUGUGUAGUACCAAUGUACAUGGCAGAAAUAGCACCUCUCAGAUUGAGAGGUGCUGUUGGCGUCCUCUGUCAAUUAGGACUUACAUGUGGAGUGUUUUUAGGUCAAAUUGCAGGACUCGAUACAGUUCUAGGAACUGAAACUUCUUGGCCAUUUAUGUUAGGAUUAUUUAUUCCGCUAUGCGUGUGUGCCUUAGUACUUACAAUUGUUGUUUUACCAGAAAGUCCCAAGUAUUUGUUUAUAAUUAGAGAGCAGAAACAAAAGGCUUUGGACGAACUCAGGAGGAUACGUAAUAUGGACACAAUGCUUCUACAAACGGAAAUUUCGAAUUUAAACCAAGAAAUAGAGAAGAAAACAACAUCUGAACCUUGGACUAUCAAACGCAUAAUGAUGGAUCCCAGUUUGAGGCUCCCUUUAUUUUUAGUUUGUCUAAUACAAUUUGGACAACAAAUGAGUGGUAUAAAUGUUAUUUUUUAUUAUUCAAACUCUAUAUUUCAUGAUGCUGGACUUGGUACUGCUGGAGCGCAAUAUGCUACUCUUGGAACUGGUGUGAUUAAUAUUGUUAUGGCUCUUGUUUCUGUACCAGUAAUGUCAUCUUUAAACAGGAGAUGUGUCUUCCUUAGUAGUAAUUAUUUAUGUUUUGGAUGUUUGGUGAUUUUAUGUAUUUCCAUCCAAUUAAUUCGUGUAUCAUCGUGUAUGCCAUUUGUGUGUAUAGUAUCUAUACUGGCUUAUGUGUUAUUUUAUGGAAUUGGUCUCGGUCCAAUACCAUACUUCAUUGGAUCUGAAUUAUUCGACGUUGGCCCCAGACCAAUAGCUAUGGCACUUGGCAGUGUCUUUAAUUGGGGUGGAAAUUUUUUAGUUGGAAUGAUGUUUCCAAUAAUAGAUCUGAUUAUAGGAGCAUAUACUUUCUUAAUAUUUGCUGGAUUUCUUUUAAUUUUAGGACAAGUUAUUAGGAUAUAUUUACCUGAGACCAGAGGUAGGAGUACGAUGGAGAUCGCGUCAUCCGUAAGUCAAGGUUUUAAGUCCAGACCAAAUGAAACGUAAAUUGAACACUAUAAUUUUACAUAAUAUACAUAUAAUUAUAUGGAUAAUAACAUAUGUAUAAUAACAUAUAAUUAUACAGUGCACUAUAA